CGAGGUGCACCUCCCCCAUCGUCCCACGAGUGUCGAGCGGUCGGAGUUUUGGAUCCUGGACGAGGCCCCCAAAUUGUUAGAAACAAAACUCACUUAUAAAUCAGCCGGAGACAAAGCCAUGGAAACAAGGACAAUUUAUUAUGAACUUGCAAGUCCUGGCACCCCGCUAACCUGGCAAAAAGAGCAAAGAUAUCAGUUAUGCAAACAUUUUUAUACAGUUUGUGUGUUGCAGGCUCACAUCCCCUUUCCCUAUUCUUACCCUAUCAUAAUCAUUUAUUUCAUCUCAUUCCCUUAUUUGGCCUUUACUUGUGACUAACCUUAAGAUAAUUACUUCACUUGUUUUUCUCUUUCCUUCUUUAUGUACCAGGCUGUCCUUGGAUGUCUGCAUUCCUUGUUCUGUUACUGUAAGCUUUAUUGUGAAAAUGCCCUUUCUUCUUCUUUUGUGGUCAGUGACAACACUCCAUAAUUAUUUCUGAGCUUCAAACUAUUUUCUUUAAAACUACUUCUUUAAAAGACCCCUUAUAUUCAUUAAAGUCUUAGCCUUAAGUAUGCUACAUGCUACAAGAAUUCCAUGACCGUUUGUAUAAUGUCUUACCCCUUUCCCUUUCUACAGAAAUUACACUCCACCAGCACUUACAACAAUUACAUUUCUAUAACGCUUGCAGAAAACUACAUUUCUUAUUUCCCACACCUGGUUAAAAAUUAAUGAACCAAUCUUGUUUAUCUGUGAUCUGUUUAUCUUCCUACCUUGCCCUGCCUUUUUCUGGAAUCUGUUUAUAAUGUUGCUGCUGGAAUCAGGAAAUGAAACUGAAAGUAUUUCACUGAACACUGAUCACCAUUUUACUUUGAGCACAAAGCACAGAGAUUAAUCCUUCACGAUGGAAGAUGAUCUUUCCUGUGCUGUCUGCCAUGAUCUGUAUAAAGAUCCUGUCUUACUCGACUGUGAUCACAGCUUCUGUCGAUCCUGUGUGACCCAGUACUGGGAGAAAGCGGACACUGCCUGCUGUCCUGUCUGUAGAAAGGAGACUUCCUCGAGGACCCUGAGAGCCCACCGCAUUCUCUCCAACAUCGUGGAAUCAUUUGUGAAAAGCGGUGAAGGUGGUGAAAUUCAGCAGGAAUGCAGCCGACACAAGGAGAAACUGAAAUUAUUCUGUAAAACUGAUAAUCAACUCAUCUGUCACAUUUGCCAGUCUUCAAAAAGUCAUCAAAACCAUGAGGUGCUGCCAGUGGAAGAAGCUGCUGAAGAGUUUAAGGAGGAACUGGAAACCUCCCUGAAGCCAAUUCAGGAGAAGAAGAAGGAAUGUGAAAGUGUCAAAAGUGAUUAUGAGAAAACAUUGUCCCACAUUCAGGUAGUUAUGAUCUUACUUUGUUCUAUAUUUUGUACAGAAUUGUAACCAUUCAGAAUUGCA